AUGGUGGAUAACGGGGCUCAAAAUGUCGUGUUGACCAGCCGGCAUCCUGAUGUUCCGGUGGGAGUGUUCGAACUCAUGUCGCAAAAUGGUGCCGAGUUGCGUGUCAUACCAGUGGGCGUUGAGAACAAAGAAGGCUUAAGAGCGGCAGAUACCGAGAUCAAGUCUAGUAUGCCGCCCAUUGAAGGCAUUAUCAAUCGUGCUAUGGUGCUUCGGGGCCGCGCCUUCCUCGACACAUCUUGA